GCCGUAACCGCGUCGAUAAACACGUCGAUUAAUAAUUUUCCCAACCAGAACCGCGUGUGCCCGAGCCGUAUGCCCCCGCGCACGCGGUCGCACGACUGGGUCCUUGCUUUUACGGCUUUCCUUGCUCCCUUUCUAGUCGCUUGCAUUCCUUGGUCCCUUUCUACUCGCUUGCAUCAACGUGGAUAUAUUAUCUUCGCGUUCUUCCACUGUUCUAUUACCUCCGCCCUCCGGCGCCGCGAACUCCUUCCUCUUCCUGGUGUGAUCCAGUUCUUGGCCGAUCCCCACCCGCGGAUCCCCCGAUCUUGCCUGACUUCGUCCAGGGACGGCAGUUUCCGCGAAAAGUGACUGCCUUCCCGUCAGUCACCAUGAGCGGGAAGCGAUCCUUCUUCGCAUCCAAGAAGAAGGCCACCAAUCCUUUCGAUUCCGACUCUGACGACGGCGAUAACAAGCAGCAGCGGCCGGCGCGGGCCUCCUCCGUGCCGCCCCCGACCGAACAGCGGAACUCCCUCUUCGGCGCCGGCGCCGGCGGCCAAGAAAGGGGCGGGCUCUUCUCCUCCUCGGAGGCGCCGAGGAACAGCCACUACCGAAACGACUUCCGCGACGCUGGCGGCCUGGAGAGCCAGUCAGUUCAGGAGCUGGAGGGCUACGCAGUGUACAAGUCCGAGGAGACCACGCGCCGGGCUCAGGAAUGCGUCAGGAUAGCCGAGGAGAUGAGGGAUACCGCGUCCAAGACCCUCGUCACCGUCCACCAACAGGGGCAGCAGAUCCACCGCACGCACAUGAUGGCCGUCGACAUCGACCAGGACCUCUCCAGGAGUGAGAAGCUAUUGGGUGAUCUUGGGGGCCUAUUUUCCAAGAAGUGGAAGCCAAAGAAAAACGGCACAAUCAGGGGCCCUAUGCUAAGUAGAGAUGACUCCUUCAUAAGAAGGGGCAGUCAUUUGGAGCAAAGGCAGAAAUUAGGGCUGGUCGAUCAUCUGCCUCGAUCGAAUGCGCGCGAAUUUCGUUCUGAACCGACAUCAGCACUUGAGAAAGUUGAGAUGGAGAAGGCAAAGCAGGAUGAGGCUCUGUCUGAUCUAAGUGACAUACUGACUGAGCUGAAAGGGAUGGCCGUUGACAUGGGCUCUGAGAUUGAGAAGCAAACAAAGGCAAUGGGAGAUGCAGAAAAGGAUUAUGACGAGCUAAACUUCAGGUUUAAGGGAGCAAACACUCGAGCUCGCCAUCUGCUUGGCAGAUAAAAAGCAUUAAUUCUUGUCUCUAGAUGUUCUAUAUGUCAUUGACUAAUCUUGAGGGUGCUCUCGACCCCUCUUUUGCACUACAUGGAGCAUCAAUUCUGAUGGUUUUGUGCAUCGAAUUUUGAUCAGAAUGGUUGGCUGUGGACAUUUCAGCGUGUAUUGUACAUAUGCCAUUAGACAGUAUUGUAUUCUUUAUGUUUUACCCUUUUCCUUA